UUUCUAACAACAUGGCGGAAUUGUAAUCAGUUGAUAUUAUCGUGUGAUUUUUGUGUAUGUUUACUUGAAAUAAAGUUAAAAUUAUAAUCCACGUUCAAUUAACAGUUAGCGUUAUCCGCUAUACUUAAUCUGUCAGCAUUUUUAACGUGUUUAAUUGGUUCUAGAAUACUAUUAGCAGUGCCUACGCGAGUAUAGUGUGUGGUUAAAUUUUGUGAAAACAUUAUCUUGAUCUUAUGAUACCGUGAUGCCUAGAAGAGGUACAGAGGUAGCGCAGUUGCCGCUGCCGCCGAAGAAGAAGACGAAGGCUUUAGAAGAGCCUCCAAGCUUGGACGUCAGUUUCUGUGAUCUCGACGAAGCUCUACCACCCGGCAUCAUUUUCACAGAUGUUCAGCAAAAGAAGUGGCGUAUUGGGAAACCUAUUGGUAGAGGCAGUUUCGGGCGUAUCUACCUAGCAUCGGACGAUAUAGAGAAGGAGGUCACUAAAGUGAACGCUCGCUAUGUGGUCAAGAUAGAGCCUCAUACCAAUGGUCCAUUAUUUGUUGAGAUACACUGCCUUAUAAGGUCCGCACAGCUUGCUAAAGUAAAAACCUGGCGUCAACAGAACAAGCUAAAGCGCCUCGGCAUGCCGCUCUAUAUCGCGAGCGGAUCAUUCACAGACCAAAAUACAGGAACAAAGUACCGCUUCCUAGUACUCCCCCGUUACGACAUAGACUUACAGAAAAUCAUCGCCCGGACUAAAGUAUUAGACCUGAAAAACGUUCUCAUUCUAGCUCUGCAAAUAUUGGAUGUAUUGGAGUAUUUACAUGAGCAAGGGUACACUCAUUCUGAUAUCAAAAGCUCGAAUUUGAUGCUCGGCUUUGACGGCAUGAAGUUUGGCAAACAGCCCGCAAAGGCGCCACCGUCGUUCCAAAAAGAUACUAAAGAGGUUGCAGUAUUGUCUGGAAAACAUAGACGAGCUAAGAGUGGGAAAGCAAGGAGUUCAAAUUAUUAUGAUGAUGAAGAUUUUAUAGUCAGAGAUUAUAAAAGCCCAAGCUCUGAUGGGCAGAAUGAGACUGAUAAAAGACUGGCCAGUGUUAAAAAGAAACUGAGGAAAAUUUUGUCAGACAGAGACAGUAGAACUCUUCAUAGACACCAUGCGUUCAACUUGAGACAGCUGUCGAAUUACGUUAACUACGAGGAUUUGAACAGUUCUGUCUGUUCAGAUCAGUCAUAUCAGAAACAUUUGGAUGAUUUUGGGAAUAAUUUGAUUCGUAAUAACGACAAUAUUGGCGAUCUGAAUACCGAUAUGGACGAAUUGCAAAGAGAAGCGGUGUUGUCACAGUCAAAUGGCCAAAUUUACUUGCUGGAUUAUGGGUUGGCAUCGAAAUUUCUAGAUUGUGAUGGAAGGCAUAAAGAAUUCGGUAUGGAUGCGAGGAAAGCUCACGAUGGCACGCUUGAAUACAGCUCAAGAGACUCGCAUAUUGGGGCACAUUCUCGACGUUCCGACUUAGAGACGCUAGGAUACAAUCUCUUAGAUUGGUUAACAGGUACAUUACCUUGGAAGACGGCCGAGGUACUCACCGAACCAGAUUUAGUGCACGCGUUAAAGAAAAACUUUAUGAGUGACAUAAAAUCGUUACUGAAAACAUGCUUCAAGACUGAGUUUUACCCGCAAUUUAUGGAGAAAUACCUGGAAUACGUUACAAGUUUAGAUUUCACUGAUAAACCUGAUUAUGACUACUGUAGAAGUUUAUUUAGAAGUGAAUUGCUCAAAAAUGGUCAUCCUAGGGAGAAAGAUUUGUUUUUAAACUUCACUGAACCGCAGAUGUCGCCGAUGAAACGUUUGUGUUACGCAAAGAGGUUUGGCAAGAAGAAUAUGCCGUCAGAUUACAUAAGGAACGGAAUCAAAAAGGCAUUCGAAAGAGAGAAUGUAUAUUCUCUAGAAAACGAUUUGAAAUUGGAACUUUUGAAACAAACACUUAACUCUUCAAGUGAUGGUAUAAGAAAACCUUGUGCGUCUAGAAACUUCUUUAUAUCAGACGCGGAUUUAGUCGCACGUCUCAAGAAAUCGCUUAUGCCUUUAGACGUGAUGGGAAAGAAAUUAUCUCCUAAAAAUCUGCGGUCCAAAAAGAAGAUACAAAAACGCAGGGGCGUAAGAAAACACCGGAACAGUAUUGGGAAAUUCGGGAACUUCAUGGGCUCCGCUAGACAGUUCACUUGGGCUGAAAUAUUAGCUGGCAACCCAGAGGAUAUCAUCCGUAAAGAACGUGCCAUCACCGUAGCUGAAGAUGAUGAUGAUAACACUUGCAAAUACCGUAUCAGAAAACUGUCGGACGCGUCAUCAGACAGCAACGAUAUACAGUCUCCGUUGAUGCAGAAAGAUUACUUGCAAAUGUUGAAUCCUACUUACGCUAUGAAAGAAGUCAUUGCAAAUUUCAAGAAACGUGCUUCGGGUAAAGUUAAUAAGGAAAUUGAGGACAAUGUUGAUCGGUUAGAAGGUUAUACUCCAGCUAUGGUGAAAGUGUAUAGAAUGAAGGAAAAGCGGGAAGCGAAGGAGAAAUUGGAAGCAUUAAAAUUGCAGAAUUCGUCGAAAAAGGAAUUUGUUAGGGAUAGGAAGAGUUCAAAUGAAGAGGUACUGCCAAGGUGUACUAGAUCUAUGAGAAGUAAAGGCGGUAUAUCUAAACCUGUUAGAAAAACUGUUAACAAAAAGACUGCUGAAUCGAGUCCUAAGGUAGACAGAAGUGCUACAAAGAAAAAAUCUAGUGAGAAUUUGAAGUCGGAAAAUCGAAACAAGACUAACGAAAAAUCUAAAGAUAAGAAGGUUACUUGCAAGAAGGAAGUCAAAAUAGCUGAGGUGUCACCAGUAAAAAAUAAAAAAACAUCAAGAACCACGGUCAGUGUCCCUAACAACAGAAGAAGGCUUCGAAGCAGCAAGCGCACGCGCAAAUAAGGGAGGAAAAAAAAGGAUAAAACCACAGGAUAAAAAUUACUACCUAAAUACGAAAAUUAAUUUUAAUGUAUAAUGACACUGGCUGGCUACAGCCGCAAGUGAAAAAAAUCAUACUUUUUUUUCUCAUUAUGCUACUGUAUGCCAUGCCAAUGGUACCAUUUUAUUUUAAUUUUUAAAGCCCGUAUAUCUCGAGCGGU